GAGAGAGAGAGAGAGAGAGAGAGAGAGAGAGGAGAGAUUUAGGAGCCUUUCUUUUGUGUAACGUAGCAUCAUAAAAGACCAGCAAAAUCCAGCAAAUACCCAGUAAUUGCCGUUUCUUCGUAUUUAUUACCCCACCAUGUGACUUAGCAAGCUGCUGUCUCUCUCUUCUUCCUCUUGUUUCUUUAUUUCUAAACCUAUUUUUCUUUUGGGUCACCAUGGACUUGGCACAGACUUUGCCAGUGAAGCAAAUCUGAGUCCUUUCUCUCACUCAUAUCCAUGUACGGGCUACAAGAACCGGACACCCAGAUCAGGUUGAUGCGCUGAGAAGCUGGUCUUGAAGCAUUUGGGUGAUGGGUGCUUGAAUUCACCUUCAGUGAUUUGAGAGAAAUCGGAAAGAGAGUCUCUUGGUGUUUGGUUUUGGGAUCAUGAGGGACUUUCCUUCUUGCUUUGGGGAAAAUGGGGUCCAAGUUGCUGAUUCAUCGUCUUCGAGUGCAGCCAAAGCUGCUCAAAAUGUGGUUACCUGUUUGUAUCAGUGUAAAUUGCGUGGCCGAUCUUGCUUGAUUACCAUUACAUGGACCAAGAAUUUGAUGGGUCAAGGCCUUAGUGUUGGGAUUGAUGAUUUGUCCAAUCAAUGCCUCUGUAAGGUUGAUAUAAAGCCAUGGCUGUUCUCGAAGAGAAAAGGGUCUAAGAAUUUGGAGGUGGAUUCUAGUAAACUUGAGAUUUUCUGGGAUUUAACUAACGCUAAAUUCGGUGCUGGGCCGGAGCCUUUUGAGGGAUUCUAUUUAGCUGUUGUGUUUAACCAAGAAAUGGUUCUACUUCUUGGGGAUUUGAAGAAAGAGGCAUACAAGAAGAUUGACACCGACCCUGUUCAUUCCAUUAAUGCCACUUUUGUUGCCAAGAGGGAGCACAUUUUUGGGAAGAAGUUUUAUGGCGCAAAGGCUCAGUUUUGCGAUAAGGGGCAGAUGCACGAUGUCACGAUCGAGUGCGACACUGUCGGGCUUCACGACCCGUGUCUCGUGAUCCGGAUCGACAGUAAGACGGUCAUGCAGGUGAAGAGGCUCAAGUGGAAGUUCCGGGGAAACCACACCAUUUCGGUGGAUGGCCUUCCGGUUCAAGUGUUUUGGGAUGUCCAUAAUUGGCUCUUUGGUAAUGCUGUGGGCAAUGCGGUUUUCAUGUUCCGAACAUGCCUCUCGGCUGACAAGUUGCAGGCCACCCACGCCAUUUUCGAUCCCUCCGUAUUAACUUGGUCUUGCUCUCAGCAAAUCAGCGAUUCCCAGUCACAAGGUCUUGGUUUCUCACUGAUAUUGCAUGCUUGGAAGAAUGAAUAGAAGUGUAAUUUUCUUUUUCUUUUCUUUUUUUUUUCAUUUUUUGAGUGUUGACAAAUACUAGUAGCUGUGGUUUUGAUAAACAAAAAAAUAAACAGAUCGAUGUGAUUGGAAUACAGAAAAUGCGAAUUACUUGUCCA